AUGGGCUCUGGAGACGGUCUGAGGAUGAUCGCUGUGCUGGUUGGAGUCUUUGCGGUUUUGACGGUAGAGAGUGAUAAUGCAGAUGCAGGUGAACUGAGGGACGACAUACCUGACAUCAACAGAGACUUAAGACACCUGUUUGAGGGAGACAUCGCUGGUGAUCCCGGCAGAAAUGCAAUCCUCGAUGAAACAAGAAGAUGGAAGUUUCCCAUCCCCUACAUCCUGACUGAUUCUUUAGAUCUGAACGCUAAAGGUGUGAUCCUCCAGGCUUUUGAGGAGUACCGUUUGAGAUCCUGCGUUGACUUCAAGCCGUACGAGGGAGAGAGCAGCCACAUCUCCUUCACCAAGCUCUCUGGAUGCUGGUCGUAUGUUGGAGAUGAUAAAACCGGCCAGAAUGUGUCCAUUGGGGCCAGGUGUGACACUAAGGCCAUUGUGGAGCACGAGCUCCUCCACGCUCUGGGCUUUUACCACGAACAGUCUCGCUCAGACAGAGACGACUAUGUGAAGAUCUGGUGGGACCAGAUUGAAGAAGGGAGGGAGCACAACUUCAAUAAGUACGAGGACGACUUCGUCACUGAUCUGAACACGCCGUAUGACUACGAGUCCAUCAUGCACUACAGGCCGCUGUCUUUCAACAAGAACGAGAGCAUCCCCACAAUCACCACCACCAUACCGUAUUUUAAUGAGGUCAUCGGCCAGCGGCUGGACUUCAGUGCUGUUGACCUCAUCAGGCUCAACCGCAUGUACGACUGUGCCAGUACACACACUCUCCUGGACCAGUGCUCAUUUGAGUUGAUCAACAUCUGUGGGAUGAUCCAGAACGAGCAAGACAACGCAGACUGGGUCCAGACGUUGAGCAGUCCAGCUGAUACUGAUCACACCCUGGUGGGGCGCUGCAGAGAUGCUGGCUACUUCAUGAAGUUUGACACGUCCUCUGGUGCAGUUGGCAGCAGUGCUUUGCUGGAGUCACGUAUCCUCUACCCCAAAAGAGACGAACAGUGUCUGCAGUUCUUCUACAAGAUGACCGGAGAAGCUGGGGACAAACUGGUGAUAUGGAUCAGGACUGAUGAUGGCACAGGGAACGUGCGCAGCGUCAGGAAAAUCCACACCAUCACUGGUGAUGGAGAUGAUUCCUGGAAAAUAGCCCACGUGACUCUCAAGGUGACAGAGAAGUUUCGCUAUUUCUUCCAAGGCAUCAGAGGUCCAUCCAACUCCUCGGGCGCCAUCUUAAUCGAUGACAUCACUCUUACAGAGACUAGUUGCCCCAGUGCUGUCUGGCAAAUCCACAACUUCACCAGCCUCCUCGCCACCAUUCCUGCUGGCAGUCCAGUGAAAAGCAAGUGCUUCUACAACUCGGAGGGCUACUCAUUCGGCAUCAGUGUUUACCCGAAUGGACGAGACAGUGUCUACCCAGACUACGUCGGCAUGAGCUUGCAUCUCUGCAGUGGGGAAAAUGACGCAGUGAUGCAGUGGCCAGCUGAAAACAGGCAGGCGACCAUCGUUGCCGUGGAUCAGGACCCUGAUGUGAAACUGAGGAUGUCCUCUACAAGAAGCUUCACCACAGGCACUCACGCCCGCUGGAACAAGCCAACAGCUGCUUCAGGGGCAGUGUUUGAUGAGAGCUGCAACUGUUACCGCGGCGACGACUUUGGCUGGAGCACAUUCAUGUCUCACAAGCAUCUGCACAGAAGGAGCUUCCUCAAGAACAAUGACCUCAUCAUCACUGCUGAAUUCAAUGAUUUGACCCACCUGAUCAAGACUGAGGUGCCCGUCAAACCUGCUGCACUGAUUGAUGACAUCACAGAUGAGGAGGAGCCAAUCAGUGAGGUGGAAGUGAGGCCGGAGGCUCCAAAACACAGAGAGGCACGAGCUGCCAACCCCUGUUAUCCCAACCCUUGUUUUAAUGGAGGCGUGUGUGUGGAGAGUGGAGGGGAAGCAUCAUGCAGGUGUGCAACAACCCAGACCACCUACUACAGUGGCAAAACAUGUGAGCGACUGAACAUGGACAGAAGCAUUCUGGGAGCUCUGGUUGGUGGCGCAGCCGGGAUGGUGGUUCUUACACUGGCCAUCUUCACUGUCAUUAGGAGAGCCCAGUGAAA